AUGCCAUCGCCAUUGCUCUACGCAUGCGGCUCGAACGGCUCAGGCCAGCUAGCACUAGGACACGAGGAGGACGUGUCGUCUCUCACUCGGUGCGCAUUUGACCCGUCCUGCCCCGCGUCCACCGACAUUGUCGACCUGGUCUCGGCAGCCUCCCACGCCCUGCUUCUAGUUUCCAGCCCGUCGUCCGGGACGCACCUCCUCGGCGCAGGGAAGAACACACACGGGCAGCUCGGACGACCGUGCGCACUCUCCUGCCCGCCGGCAGCGACGACCUUCCGCCCGCUCGCGCUCGGGCGCGAAGCGGGCCUUGGCGACGGCUUCGUACCAGUAAAGGUCGCCGCGACGUGGACCACCAGCUUUGUGGUGUACGAGCGCGGUAUAACCGGCAGUGCUGGGCGGGAGCAAGUAUUUGUCGCGUCCGGAUCGAACGACUUCGGCGAGCUCGGGGUCGCUGGGUCGUCGGCAGGUCCAGUGGUCCUCAAGGAUGUGCUGCGGCCCGGCGAGCGCGUAGAGCACCUCAAGGGCGGACAGCGGCACGUCAUCGCCGUCCUGAGUUCCGGUACUGGCCCGACACGCACGCAGCGCGUCGUCGGAUGGGGCGCUUGCCGGCGCGGAGAACUCGACGCGGUGCCAGCGCCAGUAGCGACUCCAGCUUCGCGCGGCGUGAAGGGCAAAGGGAAGGCGCCUGCCCGAGCCCCCACCUCGCUGCCCGUGACCAUUGCGCUUCGAAUCCCACCUGGAGCGCACAUCAUCGACCUCGCACUCGGCGCGGCGCACUCGCUCGCACUCCUCUCCAACGGGCGCGUGCUGGCCUGGGGAAGCGACCUUAAGGGCCAAGUCGCCUCCCUCGACUCGGUACAAGACGUCACUGGCAUCGCGGCAACGUGGAACGGGACCUACGUUAUCUCGGCCGGCGCGCUGUGGUCGCAGGGCUCGAAUACGCACGGCCAGCUGCUGCGGCGCGACUCUGACCCGCGCGGACAGGUCGCCGUGCAACAAGCGCCAACAUGCCUCACGGCAGGGUCGGAGCACGUCCUCGUCACGGCGGCCGACAGCACGCUCUGGUCGGGCGGGUGGAACGAGCACGGUAACCUCGGCGUAGGGGACACUGCGGACCGCCCCGAUCUCGCCCAAGUCCCGGUUCCCGGCGCCAUCCGGCGCGUGUGGGGCGGCCUGGCUGCGACGUGGGUCUGGAGCGAGGAAUGA